UAUCAAAAUGGACGUCUACGUGGCAAAUUUAAAAACAUGCGGUGCCUUUGUCUCUCUAUUAUUUUUAUAUUUAAUUCCCACUUACUGCCAUGAUAACCUUGAUGACAUGGCCUACCAGGUACCUGGGGCGCAGAAUGUAGCGUUUGGGACAGCAAAAAGCAACAGGUAUUUAUUGUACGAUGUAAAUCACGGCGAAGGCUUCAACCUUCGACGAGACGUUUAUAUGCGAGUGGCUAAUUUAGCUAAAAGUCUCAACGCGAUCGAACCGUGGGUAUUAGUACUGCCUCCUUGGGGUAACCUUUACCACUGGCAGUCAGAGAAUUUGGAAGGAAGACAGAUACGUAUACCAUGGUCGCUGUUUUUUGAUGUAGAGAGUCUGUCUUAUCAUGUACCAACGAUGGAGUUCGAUGACUUUUUGAAAGUGACUGGAUCUGAGGGACAUAUCGAUCAGGUUUAUUAUUUACAGCAUUACAAAGAAGGUUGGACGGACGGGAAUUUUGAAGAGAAAAUUGAUGAGCGUGAAUGUCUGGAGAAAAAACGGUACAAUUUGGAUGAAAAUAAUCUUUGGAGAGGCUGGUUUUUUGGUUACUAUGACGACAUCCGCGCCAAGCACUUUAAAUGUCUGUCUGUUCAAGGCCAUGCCGGUAUAAUGAAGCCUAUUUUGUUGAAGAAUACUACUUCUACAUCUGUCUUGGUGGAUCGUGCUGAAAAUUUGUUACAUGACCUCUACGGCGACAAAGAAUAUUGGCGUGCUCGGAGAAGCAUGGUUUUCUCCAAGGACCUCCGUUCUAUAGGUGACGAAUUCCGUGCAGAAUUCCUCAAUUCUACAGACGCGACUGACAGAACCAUUUGGGAAUCAGACUGGCGGAAAAUGAUUCGCAAAGAGCGAAAUGCCUUUGGCGGUCCGUAUCUGGGCGUUCACCUACGUCGUAAAGAUUAUUUACGCGCUCACAGGGACCAUGUCCCCACGUUGAAGUUUGCAGCUAAACAAAUAAGAAAACUCUUGAAACAAUUCGGAUUACAGAAAGUUUUUAUUGCAUCUGACGAUCCAGAUGAUGUCGAAAAGCUAAGAAAGAAGUUGAAGAAAAAAUACGAAGUUUAUAACUUUAUACCACCGAAGGAUAUUUUAGCAAAAUACAUGGACGGUGGCGUGGCUAUUAUCGAUCAGUGGAUCUGUGCCCAUGCCAGGUACUUUAUUGGAACACAUUUAUCAACCUUUUCAUUUCGAAUCCAAGAAGAAAGGGAAAUUUUAGGUUUUAAAACAAUUACAACUUUUAAUAGGUUAUGUAAAGAAGAAGAAGGAGCAGAGUGUGAACAGCCUUCGAAAUGGACGAUCUUAUAUUAAAUAUAUAUAAAUAUAUAUAAUAUAUUUAUAUUAUAACCAAUAUUUAUAUAAUUGAAAUAUUUUAUUAAUUUAUGUACAGUAACAACGAACCCUGUGCUAGCAUGUUUUCCGGGUUUUCUUUUGCGCAUGAACAAAUUUUUCUUCCAUUUUCUAUUUUCCCCUACCUCAGAUUGUUAUAACAAAUGCGUUACCUAAGUUAUUACAAAAACAGUUUGCAUCAACUACAGUGACUGCAAUAUAUUAUUAGUACUAUGUACUAACAAAAGUAGAAGGUAACCAAUUCACCAUGAAGCACGUUUUAACUAUACCUCUUAGUAUACAAAAAUUUAGAAAGUCUUUUCUUUUAAAACAAGUUUUUGUUUUUAAUUUUCUAAUAAUGUGUGAAGAAUUUCUCUCUAAAAUCUUUCUGAAUUGGAAUAUUUUUAUUUUAUUCAUUAUUGGCAUUCUCUUUUCUUUUAGGUGAUACACUGAAAUAUUCUUUUAAUAUUACCAAUAUAUAUAUAAUAAUUUUUUUUCAGAAACAUUUUCACUGUAUUAGAAUAUAGCAUUCUUUUGGUGUAUACAGUAAUCAUGUAUUUAUUAUCUUCAGGUCUUCCUAUACAUUUGUUGAUGUUAAUAGAAAUAUAAUUUUUAUAUUGACUUCAAAUCUCAUAUCAAUGAGAGAAAAUUUUAAAGAAAUUCUGGCAUUGAAGCAUUUUCUAAUCGAAUAGCAUUUCUCUCUCUCUCUCUCUCUCUCUCUCUCUCUAUAUAUAUAUAUAUAUAUAUAUAUAUAUAUGUACGUAUGUCUUGUACGUACGUACACGCACACACACAGAUAUAUAUGGUGGGCAAGUAGCAGAUUGAUUAGAAUGUCAGUUAAAAUACCUUGUGACUUUUGUUCUACUUGUCUACACUCUGAGUUCAAAUUCCAUUAAGGUCAACUUGUGGGCUUGAUAAAUAAAAUACCAGCCCUGUACUGUCCUGUGGUUGAUUCUUCACUUUUUUUCCUGCCUGUCUUUCUCUCUUUCUGGAAGAAAUCAACUGUAGUGGUCAGAUUUGAGAUGUCCUAAAACACUGUCCAAGAGUUGAAGGGCCAAGACAAAGCAAGGUGUGUGUGUGUGUGUUUAAUCCCUGUCCUAUGAUCAAAGAUUCCUGCCAAAACAUUUAAGAUUACAGUAUCCAUUAUAUCUUUUAUUAUUAUCAACAGCGGAAUGUGACAAAGUAGAUUUAGCUGCUAUUUCUUGCAGGCUCACUGCUCAUAUACGCACCCUUCUCAUUGGCCCAUCUUAUACACUUUUAAGAUAUUGCUCUACCAAUUCAUGAGUUCAAAUCUUGUUCAGGUACAUUAUUGUGUCUCUAGGUACAAUGCCCUAAACAAGAUAAGUUUUUACUUCUAGUCACCAAACUGCUGAAAUGAGUAUCAAAGAUUCUGUGGAAGUUUGUCUGCUAUAGUCCAAGAUCAUGCAGAUGGAUAAUAUUUGUCUCUCAUUUAAUGCUGUCAGUGAAAAGAUUAAAUUUUUGAUUAUAAACCAAAGAUUAUCCUUGAUUGUUGUAUGUUGGGAGGAUCAGUUUGUUAAUAAAAUCACUGGUUCUAGA